UAGGUUUUGGAUUGGGACAUUGGAUUAAGGCCCGAAAAUUAAAUUGGAAUUUCACUGUAAAAAUUAACGUGGCCUCUACAUGACACGUGUCAGAAAUUUGCUUUCGCUAAAACAGAAAGGAAAACACUAGCAGAUUGAUUCACGUGGAGGAAUAUAGCGGUUGUUAAAUUAAACUGCCACGUUGGCGUUACCUGAUGGAUAGAUAAUGUAGCUUAUCUUCUUCACUUCCCCAUUCCCAAGAGGCCGCUGUAUCACCACCAAAGCUCAAUUUUCAGUCUCAGGCUUCAAAAUUCAACAGUUUUACAAUGCUUCUCAACGCCGUCUGAUCAGUUUGCUUUUACUUUCGCUUUAUAAAUGGACGGUCUAGCUUGCUUCACCGCUACCACAGCAACUGCUUAUUCCUUCUCUGUCAACAAGUUUUUGCUGUUUCCUUCCGUAUCAGUAUCAAGAGUACGAGUGAGAAGAAGGGCGAAAAGGGUUUCUGCGCAGAAAGAAGAGCCAAAGCUUGACGAAUGGGACCAAAUGGAGGUCAAGUUUGGCCGCUUGCUUGGUGAAGACCCCAAACUCACCCAUGCCAAGAUAAUGGGUAGAAAGGCAAAUCCCGAAGCAUCUUAUAUUGAAAUUGAGAAAGCAUUUUAUAAGAACAAGGGUAAAAUAGUGGAAGUAGAGGAGGUUCCUUUUGAUGUUGAAAAGAAAUCACCCACCACAUCUUUUGAUGGUUUAAAUUUAGUUCGUCCUGUUCCGAAGAAGGGAGUCAAGUUUAAAGCUGAUGAUAAGCCGGCUGUAUCUAAGAUUAGGAGUCCAACUCUGUCAGAUGAGAAGGCUAUUGAUAGUCCAAAAGAGAGGAGGCUUCCAAAUGUUAUCUUGAGAAAGCCAACUGUGGUUAAUGAAGAUGAUGUGGAAGAUAGGCCGUCCAGGUUUAGGAUGAAAUCAAAUUUGUCCCUCAAAAUGAGGAAUGAAACGGCAAAGGAACAUUAUAGUGAUAUGACUUUGUUGAGAAAGCCUGAAUUGAUGAGUGUUGAUAGUGUUGAUACAAGCCUUAAUAAAAAACAAGUUAUUGAUGAUAGUGUUGGGCCAAAGAAAGAGAAAGAAGUGGUGGAUAGAAGUGGUGAUUUUACGCUAUUAAAAAAGCCUGAACUGGUAAGUGUGAACAUAAAGAUUGGAGAAGAAGAAGAGCAAUUUGAAGAUUUAGAAGUUGAGGGAGAAAGGUUGGAAGCAAAGCUGGAAGCUAACAUGCUGGCUAAUACAACAGAGAGUUGUAUUGAAGAAUCAUUAGAAGCAGGGCAUAGCUCAAUCCCUAAGAAACCUGAGAUAGAGGAUGCCUCCAUAAUUGGAAUGCAGCCAGUUGAGCUAAGUAAUGGGGUGUCUACUGUGGAAUCUGGCUUUAAUCUCUCUAUGGAAGCUGCACUACAAGGGAGGCCAAAAAGAUUAGAACAAUCUGUGAAAGAAACAUCAAACUCCAAUAGAGCAGAAACUGGUCCCAUCGGUCCUGAAGAUUAUGGUGGUCUGCCUUCUGUAUCACCUCAGGAGGAUAGUGAUUGGACCAGGGUAGAAGAUCUGUGUAAGACUGGAAGAAGGGCAGAAGUGGAGUUAAUAAGCUCUAGCACGAGAGGUUUUGUUGUAUCUUUUGGUUCUUUGAUUGGAUUUUUGCCUUACCGCAACCUAGCUGUUAAUUGGAAGUUCUUAGCUUUUGAAUCAUGGUUGAGACAGAAGGGCUUAGACCCAUCUGUUUAUAAGCAGAAUUUAGGAGUCAUUGGAAGUGCUGGUAUGAUGAGCAAGAACUCUUCUCUGGAUCCAAACUCAGAGUCAGAAAAUAACCAACAUUUUGAGGGAAAUCUUUCACCAGAUAUGAAAUUGGAAGAUUUGUUGAGUAUUUAUGAUCGAGAGAAGCUUAAAUUCUUGUCCUUAUUUGUUGGUCAGACAGUCAAAGUGAAUGUGGUAAUGGCUGACAGAAAGUUUAGAAAACUUAUAGUUUCUCUGAGGCCAAAAGAAAAGGAAGAGUUAGUAGAGAAAAAGAGAAAUGUUAUGGCCAAACUUCGUGUAGGGGAUGUUGUAAAAUGCUGCAUCAAGAAAAUCACUUAUUUUGGUAUAUUUGUGGAGGUUGAAGGUGUACCUGCUCUGAUUCACCAAACUGAAGUAUCAUGGGAUGCCACCUUGGAUCCUGCAUCAUAUUUCAAAACCGGUCAGAUAGUCGAGGCAAAAGUUCACCAAUUGGAUUUUACACUUGAGCGUAUAUUUUUAUCAUUGAAGGAGAUAACGCCAGAUCCACUGAUUGAGGCCUUGGAGUCUGUGGUUGGUGAUCAUGAUAACUUAGAUGGAAGAUUACAAGAAGCACAAGCAGACGCUGAGUGGCCUGAUGUAGAAUCACUUAUCAAAGAAUUGCAACAGAUUGAAGGUGUUCAAUUAGUUUCAAAGGGCCGGUUUUUCUUGAGUCCUGGUUUAGCUCCAACAUUCCAGGUCUAUAUGGCAUCCACGUUUGAGAAUCAAUAUAAGUUACUUGCUCGAUCUGGAAACAAAGUGCAAGAGGUCAUUGUUCAAGCAUCAUUGGAUAAGGAAGAAAUGAAAUCUACAAUUCUAUCAUGCACAAAUAGAGUGGCACUUUCGGCAGGAGGAUAAGAGAGAGAACAGAAAGCGAGGGGAGCCGGGGUGGAGGAUUGCUUGAAUUUUCUUGUUCAUCCCUUAAAAUGGCAAGUAUCAUUAUCGGCACAUUCUUUCGUGCUGCAACAGAAAACAUAAGCAAUGUAUCUUCUUUUCAAAAAAUUUAUGUUCUUUACAUCAGAGUUCAACUUACAUAAACAUUGGAUUAAUGUCCGAUAGAAUAGCACUGUAAACAGCUACCUGUAAUGUUAUGUAAUUUUAUGGCUUUUG